CUGCUUGUAGGAAGUACCAUCUACGUUCAUGGUGUGGCUGCGACCCCGACGGUUCUACUCGACGCCUUGCUCGAUCACGCGAAACAGAAUGACCUGAAAAACAUCAAGUUGUACCACAUACAUUUGGAAGGACCGGCCAAAUGGGCCGAGCCUGAAAAUGCCGGCUACCUUCGCAGCAACUGCAUGUUCAUAGCGGGUAACUUAAGGAAGGCGGUUAACGAGGGUCGAGCCGACUGUCUGUCCGUUUUCUUGUCUGACACGGCUGAACUGUUCCGAAAGAAGAUCGUGCCGGUGGAUGCAGCGCUCAUCACGGUAUCCUCGCCCGACAUCAAAGGCUACUGCUCAAUAGGGACCUCUGCUGAAGCGAAAAUCGGCCAACUCAUUGCUGAAAACUUGAUUGAAGACGGCGCUACAUUGCAGAUGGGUAUCGGCAACAUUCCAGAUGCGGUUCUUGGUUUGCUGAAGAACCACAAAAACCUGGGAGUCCACACCGAGAUGUUCUCGGACGGAAUUCUUCCCCUCAUAGAAUGCGGUGCUAUGACGAAUGCGGAAAAGAAGAUUCAACCUGGAAAGGUGGUAAGCAGCUUUUCGCUCGGCUCCAGGAAAUUAUACGACUGGAUGCAUGAAAAUCCCAUGCUUUACAUGGGUGACGUCGGUUGGGUAAAUGACCCGAUGUACAUCAGACAAAAUCCAAAGGUUGCCGCCAUAAAUUCUUGCAUUGAAAUCGAUAUCACAGGCCAGAUCGUGGCCGACUCCAUAGGCACUCGUAUGUAUUCUGGUAUCGGGGGUCAGGUGGAUUUCAUGCGCGGUGCCGCGGUGGGCGAGGACAACAAAGGAAAGCCGAUAAUGGCUUUGACCUCGGUAACGAAGAAGGGAGUGUCGAAAAUCGUUUCCACCGUCAAGGAGGGUUCAGGCGUGGUUACAACCCGAGGUCACGCGCACUACGUAGUUACCGAGUAUGGAAUCGCAUUCCUGUUUGGAAAGAAUAUGCGGCAGCGGGCAUACGAACUGAUCAAAAUCGCACAUCCGAGUCACAGAAAGAGCCUCGAGCAAUCGUUUUACGACCGCUUUUAUUGCUUGCCGUCGAAAGACUGAUG